AGCAUAAAAUGUGUUCUCUAGAUUUCCAUGACCGCUCGGUGUCCACUGUCCAAGUUAUUCUCGAAAGACAGCAGUCACCGCUGGCAACCUGUAACCGCUUGGGAAGUCCAGUGUACGCGUCCUGGUAACCGCCGGCGGAGCUCGAAAAAGCAGGAGCCCAAAUUUGAAAGAAAAAAGAGCGCCAAUGACAGAGUGUUUCUUGCAGUCAUGGCCGCAUCGCCCAUCGCUGUCGACGGUGGAAAUAUGCCUCCCGAGGACAAGUGGGAUCAUCCUAACGACACUAUGGUCGCUGCUCCCGACGACAAUGUUGCUCCUAACGGCGGAGGCUCUCAUCCUGGCGACGAACACCAUUCUAGCCAUCAGCAGCCUCCUGAGGAUAGCAAUGAUUACAACAUGCGUGGCGAAUCCGCUGCUGCAGAGGGCACUGACCCGCACUCCGCUAGCAGAAGUGAUGCUACGCACCGUGGUGAAAAGCAAAUCAAGGUGCUUGUCCUGGUCCUUUCUCUAUCUGUCUACACUGUUCUACUUGCCCCCUGUCUCCGGCCCUUCUCUCCCUCUCGUCUGUGGGGUAAAGCACCCUAUCAGGGCUCUCGCUUCUACAGUUCAUACCUGUGUAUUUGAACCCUGCAAGGCGCGCUGCCUGUUAGACGACACACAUCUCGGUUCCGUGAUAUUUUAUUAUCUGUCUCGUUUGCUGCGUGCCCUUGCUGGAGCCUUGCUGGCUGCUGACACUGACGGCUUGCGAUAUCUCUCCCUCUUGCUUCUUAUUCUCUGCUUGUUUCUUGAUCUGGAUGUUCAUUCUCUGCUAUGCAGCCGAACAAGGUCUACAUCGGUGGUCUUCCCGAGCAUACUCGUAAGGAGGACUUGCAAAGUUGCUUUGGCAAAAUUGGCACCAUCGUCAACAUAGAACUCAAAGUUGGCUAUGGCUUUGUGGAAUUUGAAAGUCGCGAAGCUGCGGAGGAAAGUGUUGCCAAGUACCACGAAGGCUACUUCAUGGGAAACAAAAUCCGUGUUGAGCUUUCUCGUGGUGGUGGACGAACCGCGAAGUACGGCGGGGAUCCUGGUGCUUGCUUCAAAUGCGGUCAGGUUGGUCAUUGGGCCAGGGAAUGUCCCAAUAGUAAUGGAACUUCGCGCCACCCAAGCGAUGCUCCUCUCAUUGACAGGAUCCAACCCCCUAGAGACUAUCCGCCUCCACCGCCUCGUGACUACCCUCCCUAUCGCGACGAGUAUCCUCGCUAUCCUCCGCCAAGGGAUCCACGCUAUGGCUAUGAUUAUCCGCCUCCUCGCGAGUUUAGACGUCCUCCGUCUCCCCCUCGGGAUUAUCGUGAUUUCCCUCCCCCUGUCCGCCCUCCCCUCCCUAGAGACGUGGAUGAUUAUAGACUGAGAGGCGCUCCGCCCCUUCGCCUUGAUCCUCGUCCUGGCUACUACGCUCCUGAAGGAGAACCUUUACCUCCUCCUGGUUAUCCUCCCAGUCGUUAUGGCCCUCCUCGUGAUUACUAUGAUCGAUAUGAUAGGCGGGCACCUCCGCCUGAUAGGUAUGCUCCCUAUCCUCCUCCGCCCGUCCGUGCCAGGACUCCUCCUGGUGGUCCCCCACCUCGAGCUCGCGAUGACCUUGAACGCGAUCGACCUCCUACAAGGGACUACCCUCCAGCUGACUAUCGUGGACGACCUGUGUCUCCUCCACCUCCCUCUCGAUACGCAGACUAUCCACCUCGAACUGGAAGUACGGAUGCACCUCGCUAUCGUCGUCGUUCUCAGAGCCCUCCUCCACGCACGGCAUCUGGUGCUGGUUACGAAUCUGGCUAUCCACCUAGUUCUGGUGCAGCUUACACUGGUGGCUCUUCUACAGGCUUCGCUGGCAACGGUUAUUCUGGCGGAGGUGUUGCUCCUUCCUCAAGGGGUAGCACCGCUGCUCGCGACUAUCCCCCACCCCGCUCUCGGGAGGGUGACUCCGGCACCUACAGAAGGCCGUGAGGUGACACUUUCAUAUUCUUGAGUUUCUUGUAACAUGCUCGCCGUGAUGAUGCGUCCUUGCAAGUGGUAGGCUCUGACAGCGGUUCUCUCGUUAUGCUAUGACUGCAAUCCCUCGUUAUCGUAUAUGUGUACAGUUUGAAUAGUUGUCUUGGUUUUCGUCGUAUGUCAUGAUGUCCUGCCUAUUGCUAGGGUGGUAUGCUUCCUCCGAGUCAGGUUUCCUGAGUCUUUGCUGCAGAUACUGUCACGGUAGUACUCUUACUACAUAGUGCUUUGAUUAUCACCCAGUCAGUCUUGGUUGUGUAAAAUGUCCUAUACUGAACUAUGAUAACAUGUUGUUGACCCGAACAUGAUUGCAUACUACGUAUGUGAUCUAUUUCUAUGAAGAC